UAAUAACAAAAUCCAACCAUUGAAAUCCCAUCAUCAAAAUCUAUCAAAAAUCACCUAUAAAUAACUCUAGAACACCCACCAAACCAAACAGAGAGAAAUGGAAGAAUCAUCAAAUUCAAAUACUUUACUCGACGUGGAUGAUUUCUAUAUGGCUCUCUUAAGUGAAGAAGAUCUCUUACCAAUCUCAGAUGAGAAGUUUGCAGUAGAAUUACAGCUCCAGGAAGUGAUUCUUUCAUCCAUUCUCUCUUCUCUUCCCCGCCCAUCUCUCGAAACUGGCAUCAUACCGUCGGAGCAGAACGAGACAACUCCAACGAAAUCUGGUAUACUGGUUAAAACUGAAACAGGGGAAUCCUCUUCUCUUCCCCACCCAUUUCUUGAAACUGCGAUCGUAUCAUCGUCGGUGAAGAACGAGACGACUCCAACGAAAUCCGACACGUUGGUUAAAACCGAAACUGGCGAAUCUUCUGGAAGCUUCUGUGAGAUAUGCAUGGAGACGAAGCCGCCACUUGAAAUGUUCGAGAACAAGAACUGUUCUCAUGUGUUUUGCACGAAUUGCAUAAGCAAGCACGUUGAGGCAAAAAUCCAAGAGAACAGAGCAAUGGUGAUAUGUCCUGGUUUGGAAUGUAAAGGGGUGUUAGAACCUGAUCUCUGCCGUCCAAUCAUCCCUGCCCAAGUACACGAGAGGUGGGAAACUGCUCUUUCCGAGUUGAAGGUUCUUGGAUCGCAGAGAUUUUACUGCCCUUUCAAAGACUGCUCAGCCCUUCUGAUCGAUGAUGGAGGAGAUCUUGUGAGAGAAGCAGAGUGCCCGAAUUGCCGGAGAUUCUUCUGCGCACAGUGCAAGGUGCCAUGGCAUUCAGGAGUUGGGUGCGACGAGUAUCAGGCAUUGAAUGAAGAUGAGAGGGGGAGAGAUGAUCUGAUGGUGAUGGAGCUUGCUAAGACGAGUGGGUGGACUAGAUGUUCCCACUGCAAGUAUAUUGUGGAGAAGACAGAGGGUUGUAUACAUAUGACUUGCAGGUGUGGGUUUCAGUUUUGCUACCGAUGUGGAGGGGCGUGGUCUGAUACUCAUGCUAGCUGCAAUACAGAAUAGAGAAAGGAGGCAGUGGAUGGCGAUGAUCGCCUAGCUAAUCAAGGUUUUUGCGAUAGUUGAUGAAUUGAGUCACAUGACGAUUGUGAUCUCAUCUUAGAUCAAUCAAAACUGUGGAUUUUAAGGACUGUUAAUGAAAUGGGCCAUUUGAGGAUAGUAAUGGAUAGCCAUCCUCACAAUCCAAUCAAGAACAAUAAAUUCAGUUAUUAGCAGUAAAAAAGACUAUGGGAAGAGAUUCUUGGUGUUCUUGAUGUUUUAUAGUAAGUUUAGGAUCAAAUGAAACUGUUUUUCCUGUCUACCUUCA